AUGAAGUACACACUCCUUACCGCCGCUGCCCUGGCCACCAUUGCCCUCGCCGCCCCUGCCCCUGAAAAAGCCGUUUCUGUUGAGAACACCAAAGACAUUGCUAAUGGCGGUACUCUCUCUCUCACACUUAGUCUCCGGCCCCUCCUCGAAGACUUGCUUGACAGUCUCAACAACAUUGAGGUUCCCACGCAGAGCAAGGCCAAAGUCAAGCGUGGGCAUGAUCAGGGUGCUCAGCUUGUCAAGACCCUUAAAGGUCUUUUGGGCAAUAUCCAGGGCCACAGCAAUACUAUUGAUAAGACUCUGCUCAGAAUCAGGACCGGCAGCAUCACCAGGCCUAACGGUACCAAGCAGUGCGUUGAUCUCCUGCAGACAGUCACAGGCCUUCUCGAUGGAGUUGUCGGUACACUCACCGGCUUCCCCAACAUUGGAGGCGGUGAACAUAACGACGAAGUCCUUGAUAUCCUCGACCCCCUCGUGACUGGUCUCUCCAAGACCGUCAGCAAUGUCGCCCGUACCCUAGCAGUCAGAGGAGGUCCAGUCACAGGUGACACUUUGAAACCCGUCACGACGAGCCUCUCCAACCUUCUUGAGUGUCUCCUCGAUAUUGAUCCUAGCCUUGACACUGGCAUUCAGGGCCUUCUCAAUUCGGUCCUUGGUGGAGUUGGUACUGGCACCGGCACCGGCACCGGCACUGGCACAGGAACUGGCGUUGGUACUGGUACUGGGAUCGUUGGUGAUCUUCUUAACGAGGUCUUGACCCCUGUGGGAGGUCUACUGGGCUCUAUCAACCUCGGAGUUGGUGUUAAACUCGGAGGCAAGGGCUCAGUCGGCGGCAACAGUGGUGGUUACGACUCGGAUUCCUCUGACGACGACGACGACGAGGAGAACUCUGGGGGCAACGGCUCCUCUGGCUCUGGAAAUGGAUCACCCAUUUACAAUGUCCCUACCUAA